AUCCGGCGCAGUGUGCAGCACGUCCUGUGCGAUCGCUGUCGCGAACGCCUGGCUCCAGACCGACAUCAUGAGCACGUCGUUCCCUCCAUGCAGCGAUGCGUUGCUGGCCGGAUUGUUGUUGUUUUGUCGUCAUCUUUGUGCACCACACCAGCUGGCUCGGUGGUGUCGGGGCCUGCGCCGUCCUGCUGUCGCGCCCAGCCAAAACACCGACAUGCCCUUCGUGGCUGGCUUGUCGACUUUCUUCUGUCGUUGCUGAUCAGCUUGUUGGUCUGUUGGGUCCGCACCAGCCCUUGAUCAAACGACCGUCCGUCGAACAACCGUCGAACGACCGUCCAUCGGCUGCAUCCAUGGAAUUCACGCCCUUCACCAAGGCAUACGACUGGGACGAGGUGCGGGACAUUAUUCGCCAAGGCCGCACCGAGAUAUUCUGUCGCUACCAAGAGGUUAACGACACCUAUGCCAAAGGCAUCGCCGAGAUCAGGCAGACCUAUGUGUCGACAGGCGACUAUAUCAAGAUUCGCGUCCUCAAGUAUCCUUCCGAGGCUGACCCGGGUUCUCGGAAGUUGAAGGCCCGGCCUGCCGACCCUAAGGUGUCGCUCACGAUGACCCUCAUCGACAAUGACUACCCCUACGCUCUUCAUCCCGAGAUCAGCCACAAGGUCCUGUGGUCCCAGAAGAUCCUGACUCGCCAACAGAUCAUCGACUUUCUCAAGACCCAGCUUGACCUGGACAAGGUCGAGUACCAGUUCUUUGAGAAUCCGCCGCACAAGAAAACCGUUCCCGAGGUCCAGCACAUCCAUGUUAUGGUCCGUGAGCUACCGGCAGUGUCAUCCGCUUGAACAUACCUCCAGUUCCGCCAGAAUGCAGCCCGCCAGCCAAUCCCGUGUCUCCGGUUGAGCCUGAACCUUGUCUGCUGCGCGCCUGGUCAUUCGACAACCACCACGCAACCUGGUGUGGGAAUCCACACCGCAGAUCCGCACCAGACCAUCCGCCUCGCCGAUCCCUCCGUGCUGAUCCAAAGAAAAAAAUAUAUAUAAAAAUGCGAGGCCGCCCGGUCCGGAGCGACCAGCACCAACGCACCUCCUCGCCUGUCUUGAGUGCCCUGCCCUCCCAGCCACCUAUCCGUCAGCCGCCUUCGAUUUGAUACUCUUCCACCAUGGUUAUGCAGAAAGAUCAGCUCAUUGUUUUCGAUACCACUCUGCGCGACGGCGAGCAGGUACAGCAUCCAUGCCAGACACCACUAUCGACGGGUCACGGAGUCGAUCCGAUCGGUCGAGCUCGUCCUGCUGCAGGCUCAU